CCCCACCGGCACUUAUAUGCCCUAGUUGACAAACAAAGGACAUUUACUAAAGCCAGGUGAACACAGUCGGGUCAGCUGCUGCAUGCGAGUCCCAUCCAGGAGAAACCCCAAACUUGACAGCGGAGGGUAAUACUCUGGGAAGCGAAUGAAGAAACACCUUUUGCUUCACUUCACAUAUAGAGGACUAGUGAGAAAAGGGAAAAAGAGUAAAAGAAGAAAAUGGCCAAUUUUAUUUUGCGUAAAGCGGAACCCCAAGACGUGCCUGACAUAUUGCGACUCAUAAAGGAACUCGCUAAGUAUGAAGAUAUGGAAGACCAAGUUAAACUAACUGAGAAAGAUCUGCUCGAAGACGGAUUUGGAAACCACCCGUUUUACCACUGUGUGGUCGCAGACGUACCAGCCGAGCAUCAGAAAGUCGAAGGUUAUUCUGUGAUUGGAUUUGCCAUGUACUACUUCACCUAUGACCCUUGGAUUGGCAAAUUGCUUUACCUUGAAGAUUUUUAUGUAAUGACUGAGUACAGAGGUUUUGGAAUUGGGUCGGAAAUCUUGAAAACCCUCAGUGAUACAGCGGUGAAGAAUCGGUGCAGCAGUAUGCAUUUCAUCGUGGCUGAGUCCAACAAGGCAUCCAUCGACUUUUACAAGCGACGCGGGGCUUCCGACCUCUCGCUGCAGGAGGGCUGGCGACUUUUCAGGAUCGAUAAGGAGAAUCUCCUGAAAUUGUCUGCCGAAGAGUGAGCUGGCCCGAAGUUCCAGUGUUCAAAGAGGAACUAGGGAUGGCUCACAGCCAUUUCUCAGUUUAAGUAAUACUUUAAUGCUUACACAAAAUACUUUUAAAUACUCUGUGGGUAUUCAUCAUAUUAAUAUAGAGCAGUUUACUCUGA